CUCUGCAGCCGGCUCGGGCUUGAAGCACCGUAGGAAGGUGGUAGGAGCAUAGAAACAACCUGCACUCUCUGCUGACGGCGGAUUUUAGGUAAAGUCUUGAGAAAGAAGUAAUUGGGGCCAGAGAGUGAACCGAGGAGAAUCAGAUCACAGUUCUUUGGGGAGAAGGACCUCUACCAUAGCCAGUUGAGUGGAAAGAACAGGUGGAGAAGAGCCAGAGCCCACAGGCCUCCCAGGGUAGGAGCUUGAACGGGCUGGUGCUGCCCUCCACCUGAGCUCUGGCUGUCCCCUUCACUGCCCAGGGGAUGUGAUCGUGAGACAGAACCCACAGACUCUGCAGGCAGAGGGCUCUUGGGAGAAUGGCCCAGGUCAGCAUCAACAGCGACCCUGGCGAAUGGGGCUGGAGCACGGACGCCGGGGAGCGGGCCCGCUUGCUGCAGAGCCCAUGUGUGGACACAGCCCCCAAGGGUGAUGGGGAGGCCUCUCCCGGGGGUCCGGGCAGAGGCACCACUUCCACACUUGGGGCCAUCUUCAUCGUAGUCAACGCCUGCUUGGGGGCAGGGCUGCUGAACUUCCCAGCAGCCUUCAGUACUGCUGGGGGCGUGGCAGCUGGCAUCACACUGCAGAUGGGCAUGCUGGUUUUCAUCAUCAGCGGCCUGGUCAUCCUGGCCUACUGCUCCCAGGCCAGCAAUGAGAGAACCUACCAGGAGGUUGUGUGGGCUGUGUGCGGCAAGCUGACAGGUGUGCUGUGUGAGGUGGCCAUCGCCAUCUACACCUUUGGCACCUGCAUCGCCUUCCUCAUCAUCAUCGGGGACCAACAGGACAAGAUUAUAGCUGUGGUGGCAGAGGGGCCCGAGGGGGUCAGCAGCGGCCCCUGGUACACGGACCGCAAAUUCACCAUCAGCCUCACCGCCUUCCUCUUCAUCCUGCCACUGUCCAUCCCCAGGGAGAUCGGCUUCCAGAAAUAUGCCAGCUUCCUGAGCGUUGUGGGCACCUGGUAUGUCACUGCCAUCAUUAUCAUCAAAUACUUCUGGCCAGAUAAAGAGAUGACUCCCGGGAACAUCCUGACCAGGCCAGCUUCCUGGGUAGCCGUGUUCAAUGCCAUGCCCACCAUCUGCUUUGGAUUUCAGUGCCACGUGAGUAGUGUGCCCGUCUUCAACAGCAUGCGGCGGCCUGAGGUGAAGACCUGGGGCGGAGUGGUGACGGCCGCCAUGGUCAUAGCCCUUGCUGUCUACAUGGGCACAGGCAUCUGUGGCUUCCUGACCUUUGGAGCUGCCGUGGACCCUGAUGUGCUCCUGUCCUACCCCUCAGAGGACAUGGCUGUGGCGAUUGCCCGAGCCUUCAUCAUCCUCAGCGUGCUCACUUCCUACCCCAUCCUGCACUUCUGUGGGCGGGCCGUGGUUGAGGGCCUGUGGCUGCGGUACCAGGGGAUGCCGGUGGAGGAGGACGUGGGGCGGGAGCGGCGGCGGCGAGUGCUGCAGACGCUGGUCUGGUUCCUGCUCACCCUGCUGCUGGCGCUUUUCAUCCCUGACAUCGGCAAGGUCAUCUCAGUGGUGGGAGGCCUGGCCGCCUGCUUCAUCUUCGUCUUCCCAGGACUGUGCCUCAUUCAAGCCAAACUCUCUGAGAUGGAGGAAGUCAAGCCAGCCAGCUGGUGGGCGCUGGUCAGUUACGGAGUCCUCUUGGUCACCCUGGGAGCCUUCAUCUUUGGCCAGACCACAGCCAACGCCAUCUUUGUGGAUCUCUUGGCCUAACCACUGUCUCCCAAAGAAGAUACAGCCUUUGCCAAGGACCCAUCUCUUAGGGCUGUGGGGCCACCCCGAGUCUGGUGUCAUUCCCCUGGACUGGUGGGAUGGCAUCCAGACCUUC